UCCUCCUGCCCAAAUAGUCUGAAUCCUCCUCUCUCUUCCAGAUCUGGGGCUGGCAGAGACCACAUGAAUGAGAGGCCUCCCAUAACAUUUCUCCACUGGGAAGGUGGGAGCAGCACCAGAAACUUCCAGAGUUUGUUCCCUGAGAAAUCCAAGGAACAAAGACAUCAAGCAGGUGGAUCCCAGUCUAGAUCCUCCCACUUCUGCUAAAGAUGUCUCACCGGAACAAAAAACGGGCUUCCAAAAGUGGACACUCUAGGAGCAAUUCAACAGAGGCUCCAGUUCUCACCGGGCCGAAAAUGGACUCAUUGGGUUUCCAAGCGAUGGAAAGUAAUGUUCCUGGGUUGUCCCAAGUCAUCCUUCAGAAACUCAACAUGAAGAGUUAUGAUGAAUACAGAUCUGCACUGGAGGGCAAGACUCCCUGCACAGAUUUUGGCAUCCGAUCCUACUUCGAGAUGUUUCAGAAAAUGGAAGACACGUUCAAAUUCUGCGUCGAGUGCAAGAAACUUCCAGAUUCGCUACCUGACCCUAAAAGCCUACGGCGCUGCAAAAGAUGUCAGAACAUCUAUUACUGUGGCCCCGAUUGCCAACGGUUGAACUGGCCCAUCCACAAAAAAUUCUGCAAGAAGCUGAAGCUGGCAGCCCUUGACCGACUUAUAGAAUGGCUUGUGUUCACAGGUGACAUCCCUUUCCUCACAAGACCCUGGACAAAAAAUAUCCAGGACCUGCAGGGCUGGGAAGACUGGUUCUUGAUGCAGGAAAAUCUGGAUGAAAAGCUGAACGUGAUCAAGACGGGGCAUUAUAUGAGCAUCCUCUGGGCCAAUGUGGGCAAACCAAAGCCCAACGAGGAGGAGUUGACUGAGUCAAUCAAGAGGGUGACCACAGACUUUGUCUCCCGGCCGGCCACCAUUGGCUUUGGUUUGAGCAUGUUCCAUCUGGAUCCCUAUGCCAAACCACUCACAGUGCAUGUAGUUGGAGCUUCUCACGUUGAGACUCUCAAUGCUCGGGUGACAGAUUAUGAUGAGCUGUCCCGGAUGUUUCCAAAGCACCAGGGCAUGGAGGUGGUAAUGGUGGGGGUAGAUGUGGUAGACGGACCCAUCAUGAGACCUCCGCUGGUGGCCUUUGGACCCCGGGAAAGGGUCUACCUGAGCAGCUACAAGGACCUUUACCACAACUUCUGGGAAUCACAGGUGGAGAAUCAGCAAGCGGCUCGACCAGAUAUUGUGGUUGGCUUUCAUGCAGGGUUCCACGCCUGCCCUGAUCUGAUGGUAAGCUGGCUUCCCACAUUGUUGCUUCUCCGAGACUACAAGAUCCCUUCUUUAUUCACUAUGUACAGUGAACAGGAGCUGAAACAAUCCCUCAGAAUCUUGAUGGAGCUGGAGAUGCAGAUCACAGGCUGUGGGGCCAACCCCUUCACCUCCCUCAAACCGGAGCAGGCCCAUUCAAACCCUAACAAGCCACCCGUCUACUCCAACUCCCACUACCUGAUGUUCCACGGGCUAGCUGGUCCUCCAGAGGAACAUGACAUAGGAGAACUGGAUGGGGAAGAGGAAGAGAGAAGUUAAAUCCCAGCAAGCUUAGAACUAUAGAACCUAACUAGCAAUGGUGUCUUCAUAUCUUUCAAUUUGUCAUGCAACAAAUUAAGAUCUCAGGAAUACAGGCAUCUGGGUAUGGGGCAUGCUGAUAUUGAAGGCUGCCUUUGUUCGUGCAACAAAAGGUCCAAGCUGAUUAUUAGUCUAGUCUAGUCCUAUCAGGUUUGUAGUCAAAGCAUGUUGACUCCCAUGGUCCUGUGUAUCCUCCUCCCAAUUUAGCAUAUGUAAAUCAGCUGUCCCCUAACUUGGGGUCUUCCAGAUGUGUUGGAGCUAGAAGUUCCAAAAUUCCCAGCCAAAGGCAAUGCUAGCUUGGAAUUCUGGGAGCUAGUAUUUCUAACGUAUUUGGAGGACUCCAGGUUGGAAACGAGGGCCAGUUUGAUUAGUGGUUAAAGGCAUGGAUUGGAAGCCAGGAGACUGAAUUCUAGACCUCUCUUAGGCGUGAAAGCCAACUGAGUGAUUUUGGCCCAGGCAUUCUCUCUCAGUCCUAGGAAGGAUCCAAUGGCAAACCUGGGCCAUGUAAAAAUUUAACAAAAUAAAAUAAACCACUUCUGAAAAUGUUGUCCAGAAAACCACAUAGACUUGUCCACGGAGUCCCCAGGAGUCAAGUCUGAUUCAAGGGCACGAAAUAAAAAUUAAAGAAAGGGCGAUUCCAGGAGAGCACCUGAAAAUGGUUGAAGUAGUAUUGCCCACGUGUUGAUCCACGUGAAAAUGUUUUCAGAACUUAGACAAGAGAGUCUCCAUUAAAGGGUUUUUCUCAUAUGGAGUUGUAAACACUUGCAGGGACAUAGCCUGUGUGUGCAUGUAGAUACAAGGGUGGCUCCAUCUUCUUUACAGCCAAUCAAUGUUAGUUAGGCAUGUUCAUUGGUGGCCGAGAUGCCAACAAGAGAGUUCAAAAUGGUGGCUGGGCUAUUUCUCCUGUUCUUUCUCUCCAGCUCUUUUUCCAGCAAAGUUGGAAAACUUGGAUAACUGACUUGAUUUUUGAUUUUCCCGUAAUAAAGCUUCCUGGGUGAAGUGAAUUUAACCCGGUGUGAAAUUGGAUUUUACAGAAGUUAAAUCUACCUGCCUCUGAGUUAAUAGAUUGGGUCAACGAAAUCCAUUUUGGAGUCCCCGCAACAGAUCAUCGACCACCUUGACCCAGUAAGCUAUGUUGUGAGAACAGGACUCAAGCACAUGAAAACAACUGUACGAUACAGUCAAUAGAAAGGAUAAGAUUGGAGAAUUAUUGGAAGCCUUUUUAAAAAUUCCUUGCACGUAGUAGCUGAGCCAGUUCUUGUUCGUGGCUGACUUUAUCUCAAGGACAUUACCUGAGCAUCACUAAAUCCCUGGAUUUAAUUAGAAUUAAAUGAUACUUUAAUAAGAUGAGCAUUUAAAAUUCCUUUCAGUCAGUGGAACGAUUUUAGUCUGACAUAGAAUAAUUUUUUAAAAAAAAUGCACAAGGUAUUAGGAAAAUAAAACUUCUUCCUAGCCUUUGAACUUGGGAUUUAUGUUUUUCUAUACCGGACCUAAAUUGCAUGAGUCCAAUACAUGGAAAGGAGGAAAAUCAGGAGAGCCGUGGUAAAUUCUGAGUAUCCAGAGGAGAAUAACCUUUUGAUGGCUGGAUGCUGGCUUUCAAAUUAUUUUUUAAAGCCCAAAAUAGUGUCGUCAUGGCAUUACAAGAGGGGUCAAGCUGAAUUUACUAAUCUUCUCCCCCUUCUCAGAAGCUUAAUGUCUCUAUUUCCUCUACUUUUUAACCAAAACCCAGCAGGAACUUGUUCUUCUUUUGUGCAUUCAAAAUGGGGUGUGUGUGUGUGUGUAACAAAUAAUGGGCAGAGUUUCAAACUUAGCAUCUAACUGGAUCCCCCCACUUUUCAUUUUCCAGGAAUGCCUACAGGGCCCAGUGGAAGCAAGAAGCAAUUUUGUAAAUAAAGAUGACACUAAAGGACAAUGCUAUGCUGGACCCACUUCCUAUUUAACUAAUUAAAUUCCUAUUUAAUUAAAUCCUAAUUAAAAUAAUCAUUAAAAGAAUGCCUGGAGAGCAUAUUUGUGCAUGCACUGGAGCUCAUGGUCGCUAUAUUUCUUAACCCCAAAUUAAAAGAGCUACGCUGCUAGAGAAGAUAUGUUCUUCUCCUCAAGAGCAGCAUAGACAAGCAAAUAGUUCUGCAAAUUCCAGGUCUUACUUACAAACCUCUAAGGCAGUGUUUCU